UACUAGAGUACUAUUAAGAAGGCUAGUAUGCAGUUUGGGACGUAGCCUGUUUUUGGCUAGACUGACUUUAUUAGUUGAGCUACGUUUGCAGCAGAAGUUUCCAAUGUGAAUGUGUAUGUGCCGGAGGGACUUAGUGCUCUUGUUGUCGGACUGGACUGCUUGUCAGCGGAAUAACUUUGGUAGUAAAAGGCAGCUGCCGGUUUGUAAAGCAAGGUCGUGUUUUGUUGGUUUGUGCGAGCUAAAAACUAAAGCCAAACUCGUUUUAAACUUCCAUUUAAAGGUAAACUACAGAUGCAUGUUUAGUUCCCUAAUUUAACACUGAUGAGAAAUGAGCGCUCUGGAUUGAGAAAGUUUUAGGUUCACAUGCAGGAGCUUCUGGAAACGCCGCUGAUUUCUACAGCCUGUAACUAACUACACUUGAGUUGUAGAAACUUUUUGGUGGUAUGGUGGACAUGCUAAAGACUCGCCAAUGUCUGCUGACUGUCCGCACUUUCAUUGGCAUGACGUCCAAACUGUGGAGUUUAUUCUUAUACUUCCUUAAGAAACCCUUAAAAACGAUAAUCCAGUAUCAGACAGUGCGAUAUGACAUUUUACCUCUUUCACCAGUGUCUAGAACCAGACUCUCUUCUGUGAAGCGGAAGAUUCUGGUUUUAGACCUUGAUGAGACCUUGAUUCACUCUCAUCAUGACGGAGUUCUAAAACCAACGGUGCGACCAGGCACUCCACCAGACUUCAUCCUCAAGGUUGUUAUAGACAAACACCCAGUUAGAUUCUUUGUGCACAAAAGGCCCCAUGUGGACUUUUUCUUAGAGGUGGUCAGUCAGUGGUACGAGCUUGUGGUGUUCACAGCUAGCAUGGAAAUCUAUGGCUCUGCAGUAGCAGACAAGCUAGACAACAACAAAGGAAUCCUCAGACGUAGAUACUACAGACAGCAUUGCACACUGGAUUUAGGUAGUUAUACAAAAGAUCUAGCCGUUAUACAUGGUGACCUUUCCAGUAUAGCCAUUCUUGACAACUCUCCUGGAGCAUAUCGCAAUCAUCCAGACAAUGCAAUACCUAUCAAGUCAUGGUUCAGUGAUCCCAGCGACACUGCACUUCUUAACCUAUUGCCCAUGUUGGAUGCACUUAGAUUCACUGCUGAUGUGCGGUCUGUCCUUAGCCGAAACCUCCACCAGCAUCGACUUUGGUGAUUGCAAGCAGAAAAACCUUGUGUUUUUAACUUUCUCCUAUCCAGACUUCUGCCUCGUCAUCUUUUCUUCAUUCACGAUGCCUCCUUGCCAGAUCACCAACACAAGGUUGAUCAGAGGAGGGUCCAGAACUAAACAUGCCUAAACGAAGAAUCCUUGGAACAUUUUAGUGUCCUUUUCUAAUUUAAGUCUCUGUCCCAUAUUUUUUCUGGAAUGUUGUGCUACUGCAUAGUCUGAACACAAAAUCCAUGAACUUAAAAUGGACAGUUUUAUUUAUAUAGUGCCAUAUUUUUAAUGGGAAGGACUUUGGAAGAUGGGCUUGUAUUUCUCAGGUUACUGGUGAUGAACAGUGUCUUCACUUACAUCUUGGUGAAUGCUGAAAACAAAGAACAAAGUGAUGUUUCUCCACACAUUUUUUUCUUUUUGUAGCUGGCAGCUUGGCAAAGUAAAGGACCAUGUUUGCAGUUUCUUACAGCCAAAAGGACCCAAGUUUAUGAACGCAACGUCACAAUAUUUGUGAGGAAAGGAUGUCCACAAUUUUUCUUUUUAAACUCCUGACAAUACUGAAUGGACAAACCCUGUAGUAUUAAUGAUUUUUAAACAAAAUGUCUAGCUUAAACAUGAAACUUGAAAUUUUGACACAGACCUUUACAACCCAGCAAAUUUCAGGGAAUGUUUCAUGUUGCUGGGCUAUUAAGGUACAGUCUAAAAAGACAUACGUACUUAAUAAGGUAUGUAAGAGUGGACUGUUUAGUUGCAAAUUCAAAAUUCUUUAGUAUCUCUGUGGAUUUUUAUUUUACUAAAUAGUAUACAAGUUAGUGUUUGCAAAGAAUAAUGGUUCUGGCACAUGUGUGACAGUUCUUCAUCAGUAAAAAGUAAUCUUAAUUUAAAUGUAUAGACUUGCAAUAAAUUUAUUUUGCACUUCAGGUCUGUGCACAGGUAUUGAAAUGUCAACAGAGCAUCCACCACCUUUUUCAGAUGAUAAGCGACUCCUCUGAUAUCUGGACAUCAUGGCAGCUUUCUUGGACUUGAUUUUUUAAUAAAACACGU